GUCGUCGCUUAAGUGUUUUGUAAGGUGAUCGCAGUGGUAGCCGCGAUUGGCCGUUGAACAUACUUGGCAAUGAGUUAUGCAUAAUUAUCCAAUUGAGAUUCAUAACUCAGUACAUCAGCGUGUGACUGCGCGCGUCGCCUCGUGGUUUCAUUCGUAUUUUAGGUGGUAGGACCUAGCGGAUCCAUAAUACGCUCGUGCCAGAGAUCAGCCAAGUCCUCCGUAUCUUCCUGAUCAAAUGACGAGAUGCCGACUGCUCUAUUUGCUUCUAUUAGCGGCCCUAAUGAUAAGCACAGAAGCAGCGAAGGGCGGCGGUGGUAGAGGGAGAGGCCGCGGCCGAGGAAGACUGUUCGGCUCGCGAAUGCAUAUCCUGAUACCCAAUCGAAAUCCUGCGAGUACGCACUAUUACGAGAACAAGGAUGGUGCCAAGAUCGUGAAGGCAUCCCACUUCGAACUGGACUACAUGCUGGGCAGAAAGAUCACGUUCUUCUGCAUGGCGAUCGGUGUCCCAAGACCGGAGAUCACCUGGCUGAAGGACGGGAUCGAGUUGUACCAUCACAAGUUCUUCCAGGUGCACGAGUGGCCUGUUGGUAAUGACACGAUAAAGUCGAAAAUGGAGAUCGACCCUGCAACGCAGAAGGACGCCGGAUAUUACGAGUGCCAGGCGGACAAUCAGUACGCCGUCGAUCGCAGAGGCUUCAGAACGGAUUACGUCAUGAUCUCGUAUUAAACGUUUUCCCUGAUGGGUAGCUGCGCGAUCGCCAUAGUAUUAGAACGAAUAUCUUGUGUGAAAAUAGAUAUAGACAGUUUGUUAUUGAUUUGUUACAUGAUAGAUUUUUAUUUGAUAAGCAGUUAGUUUAUAUACUCGAUAAAGCUCUGAUCCAAAUUAAUAAGGGAAAUAGCCCAGUAAAACCAGUUAAACAACAUCCAGUAAA